AUGCUGGAUAAUCUGUUCCACGGCACAUCGGGAAGCAAAAACCACGGGCCUCCACUCGAAGUCGCGCAGAGUCCAGUAGCAGAGCAUCCCCCUGUGCCAGUGGACGCCGAAGCUGGAUCCAGCGCUCGAAACGCUGACGUCGCGGACACGGACACGGACCUCAUAGAGCCGGCUCCGCCUGAUCCAGCCCAAAAUGACGCGAGGGCUGCUACCACCAUACAGCCUCGUCGGCGUCGGUCGUCGCGUCUGAGCGCACUCCUGCGUAGACGCUCUGCAGGUGGCGACCCCAUCAACGGGAGACAAAACUCGGGCAAUCCCCAGCCAGGACCAGAACCAGAACCAGGAGCAGAGCCGGAGUGGGUGUCGGAGUCGCAGAGGCCGGAGGUCGUUGUCACCACAGGGGGAACCAAGCAUAAGUUCUGGCAUGGCAUCACCAGCGUGGGAAAGGAGAAGGUUCAUGACGCUGGAGCUACGAGGGCUUGA